AUGCAGCAGCUGCAUCUUCUCUGCCUCAGUUUCCUGGUACUGGGACGUAUCCUGGAUGUGCACGGUGGGAACAAUGUCCUUGACUGCUGCCUGCGGACGAGUGAUAUACCCAUCCCGCGGCGGAUAGUGCGGGAUUAUCAACUCCAGCUGGUGCAGGAUGGCUGCAACAUCCCGGCUGCCGUGUUCAUCACCACAAAGGGCAAGCGCCUCUGUGCCCCACUCCAAGCCCCGUGGGUGGUUCGCCUCCAAGAGAAGCUGGACGCCGGCUCUGCCAGGAAGGUCAUCAUCCCCCUGGGGACUGGUGCCUUCCAGGUUGGCAUCCUCCUGGCCACCACUUUCUUCCAGGUCAGCAUCCUCUUGGGGAUCAAUGCCUUCCAGGUUGGCACCCCCAGCAUUCACCUGGCAAUCAGCACCCUUCCAGACAAAGCAGCUGAUGUGGCAGUGGACACAGGGGACCACAAGGUGCAGCUGGUGGGAGGAGAGCGGAUAGAAAGAGCAAUGAUGGGCAAGGAGUUUGCAGGCCUAUGGCAGUUAGAAAGGGAGGCAGGUGAACAAGAGGGAGUAUGGGUGAUCUCAGGGGUCUCCAGCGAGCUGGGCACUUGGACCCUCUAG